AUGAUUACCGACGGCCAGCUCUAUCAACUAGCCAUCUUCUUCGGCGUCGCGGCAAUGCUUCUCAUCCUCGUCUACCACUUCCUCGAAGUCAACGCCCCGGAGAACACAGCUGCAAAUGGGAAGGAGGGAGCUUCAAAGAGAACUCUUCGAAAGAUCGAACCACGUAUCCACAACAAAGAGCUUGGGCUCAACAUGACCAGAUCAGGGGCUGUAUAG